AUGAAUACCGACGAAGGAGCGGACGCGUUGCGACUUGCUGAUCUGGACAUCGAUCCGGAUCUGAUCCGUGGCGUGGGCGAGGUGAGUAUCAGCGCAAGGGUGGAGGCGGAAUUGGGUAUGAUGGAACUGGAGGAGGCGGCGGAAUUUCGCGCUGAUCUUGAACUGGGUGAUUCGGCACUUCUCAGCGUAGUUACGUGGAAACGGCCGGGGAGCAACUUCUGGAUCGCUGAACUGGAGGGGAAAGCAGUUGGCUGCAUCGGCAUUUACCGGCGCAGCGACGAAGAGGCGGAAAUACGUCGAUUGGCGGUCGACCGUUCGGUGCGACGCAUGGGCAUCGCGUCGCGGCUGCUGGACCUGGCCGAAGAGUUUGCCCGGGACGCUGGAUACGUUCGGACGACGGUGUGGACGGCCAAUCAUCUAACCGCCGCGAUGAGUUUCCUGGCACAUCGAGGCUACCGGGAGAUCGAAGACCACGCCUUCCCGCACACGAGCUUGACACUGUAUCUGUACGCGCUGGACUUGUGA